AUGUCCGGCAAGUCAUUUAAAGAUCGACUAAUUGAGGCCGGAUCGACGCGAGCGAGCGAGGAUAACUCGAUCAUGGCCGAUAAUUACGAUCCAUUGGUGGAUAUUUAUGAGCUGUUUCCAACACCGGCAAGCCUGGCUCAGCUGGACACCUUGCUAGCAUACGUCAAUGCGUAUAAACUGCAAAUUGAUUCAGACAUCCAGACGCGUCAGUCGCAGUAUAAUGAGGCUCUCCUGAAUGCCACUGACGGGAAGGAUGCUCUGGGCGCGGUGGACGAUGAAUUGGAAAAAUUGAUUGCAGACGUCAAGGAUACAAAAAUAUCCGCAGAAGCCACCGGAAGCACUAUCAAUAGAAUGACCGCAAGUAUCAAGUCAUUGGAUAACGCAAAGAAGAACCUGACACUCACCAUGACCAUAAUGAAACGACUACAGAUGCUAGUGACCGCAUACGAAAACCUGGAAUCUUUCUUGAGCGAUACCACAAACCCCGUGAAAGACUAUCUACAAAUCAAACAGCUUUUCAGUGUGGUAGUGGAGCUGAUGAACCACUUCCAGUCAUAUAAGAGCAUUGACGAAAUCAACACGCUUAACAAGAAGAUCAGCUCUUUGAAAAACAGAAUUAUAGACGAGAUCUUUGCUGAUUUUGAGCGCGAAAUAAUGGAGGAGCUACACAAUCCCGAGUUGGUGAGUGCCUGUGAGCUACUAGAGCUUUUGGGCCGUCCAUAUCGCGAUAAACUGACCACUUGGUAUACUGUCACAACACUCAAGGAGCUUACUAGUAUCUUCAAAGCUACGGAGGAAGCAGGCUCAUUGGACAAUCUCAAAAGAAGAUACAUGUUUUUCAGACAGAUUCUCGCCAAUUUCGAGAAAAACCAUGCGAACGCUUUCCCAGAAAACUGGAAGAUGUCUCAGGAACUAACGAGUCACUUCUGUAAAAUCACGCGCAAAGAUUUGAGUGAGUCGACGGCAAAAGAAACUCGUCUCACUGGCAGCAAGGUCGAUGUGAAUUUGCUGCUGAACGCGCUAGGAGAAACGCUUGAAUUCGAAUCUUUCAUUAGCAAGAAAUUCAAACAAAGCUUUGAGGGGUCCAUCUCCGACGUAUUUGAGCCUUAUCUCAAUAUAUGGAUAGAACACCAGAGAACUGUGAUCAACAACAAAUUUAUCGAAUUCAUGAACCCAGAAUCAAUGCUCAAGAAAUCGGGAGUGGAGACUGGGGGUGCGAAUGUUAACGUGUUGGAAUCCGCUGCUGAUCUGUUUAGGCUCUACAGGCAGAUUCUUGCACAGCUUUCUAAGCUCUCUCAGGGCGAGUCGUUGGUGAAGCUGUCUGCGGUGUUCUCCGAGUACUUGCUAAAAUACCGACAAACUGUUCUGGAGCCGCUGGUUCCUGACCCUAAGCGGUUAUCAUCAGGAUCAGAGACUGAACAGGCGGAAGGCACGGCUAUUUUAUGUCUGGUAUUGAACACUGCAGACUAUUGUUCGAUCACCGUUUCACAGUUGGAAGAGAAGCUUGCAAUGCUAGUAAAUCCGCCAACGCUUGCUCAGAGAAUGGAUUUCGAGAAAGCAAGAAACAGUUACCUCAAUUUGAUCAAUAACUGUAUCAAUCUACUGUUCGUGAAAAUGGAAAACGAUCUUCACCAUUCGUGGCGUGAAAUGCUGAACUAUAAUUGGAAGACCAUCUCAGAGGUCUCUGGGGAAUCGCGUUUCAUGGGUUCCGUAAAGCGAGUGAUCAAAGAGAACUGUUCCUUAAUAUUCCCCAACUUCAACAGAGUCUUGUACAUCCGCAACUACCUGGAUAAAUUAGUGGAACUUGUUCUGAGCGAGCUAUGGCUGAAUAUUGUGAAACUACGGCCAAUCACAGAGAUCAUGGCUGAGCAGUUUGUGUUUGAUCUCCACUCACUGAAAUCUUUUCUGCUCGACCUGCCUAGCUUAUCUCCUGAACCGGUCAAGAUCACGUCCUCAAGCAGCUUUUCAAAGAACAUCAACACCAAAGUGUCCGACAUCAAUACCAUUCUAAAGAUUCUAAUGGUUUCAACAUCUCCUAUGAGCGACUUCAUGUCCAGCUAUUUCACAAUUGUGGCUGACUCGAAUUUCAAGAACUUUGUUAAGAUACUCAAGUUGAAAGGCCUGUUGACCAACGACGCAACGUAUGAGAAGGACAAGCACAGAUACCACGACCAGUUUAGGAGCCAGCUUCGACAGUAUGAAACAACGGAAGAAACGCUGCCCGAUAGCAACAUCUUCCUCGAGGGACUGAAGCUCGAGGAUAUUCCUGAGGGAAUGGCCUCAUCCCCAAACAUGGCCCUAACUGGGUUUCUCAACAACCCAAACUCGAAUUUCAGAAUCGACAAACAGUCGCUUCUCAACACUCGCGAUCACUUUGAGAAAAACAUUGCCAAGACAUUCAGCAUAAACGACAACAAGAUAGACAUUGGCGAGAACCUCAAGAGUUUUGGCAAACUCUUCAAGAAGAACUGA